AUGGUGGUCACACCCUCCACCCGCGCCCUGCAGCAUCAUCUGCACAUGACGGAGUGCGAGGGCGGAAUCUUGUACCUGCUACCCAGCUGCCAUGUCCUUGGCUGCGCUGAUCUGCUGCUGUGGCCAACCAGAUUGCUGCUCCUGGAAAGUUCAAAAGCUGAACCGUGGCAGCCUUUUAAUCUUACUUUGCACGCCACAUGCACAGACGAGAUGGCUAUCAAUGCACUAACCUCUACGAGCACUAGCGAGGUCAACAAGGGUGUCGCGAGCUUCCCAAAGGAGACGGUGGAGUUGCGGCCCACUAAUCACAGCCACAUUAAACCGGCGACCCUCGGCUGCCCCUCUUACGAGAAUCGGCUGCUGGCCGGAUCCAGAACGGAGCUCAACGCGGCCUUGGGGAUCUACGGCUCGCCCUACGCAGCCGCCGGGGCCAACCCGGGUUACGCCAACUACCUGCCCUACAACGCCGACCCCUCCAGUUUCUACACCGCGUUGAAUUCUCAGUAUGACUUGAAGGACAGCUCACCGGCUUUACAUGCAGGCAUUGCUCAACCAACAGCAGCAGCCUACUAUUCUUACGACCAUUCUUUUGGGCAGUAUGACAGGUAUGGAACAGUGGACUUUAGCAAUUCAUCCAGACGCAAGAAUGCAACCCGGGAAACCACCAGCACCCUCAAGGCAUGGUUAUAUGAACACCGAAAAAAUCCUUACCCGACCAAGGGUGAGAAGAUCAUGCUGGCCAUCAUCACCAAAAUGACCCUCACCCAGGUCUCCACCUGGUUCGCCAACGCCCGCCGGCGACUCAAGAAAGAGAACAAGAUGACCUGGUCUCCUAAAAAUAAAAUGGGAGACGAGCAGAGGGAGGAACGGGGAAGGAACGGGGAAGACUGUAGCAGCGACAAUGAAGACAAAGACCCCAAAAUCUGCAAAGAAGAAAAGGAGUUGCAACUGAGCGAUCUGGAGGACUUAGACGAGGAGGAACCAGGCCUGAAGGUUGAAGAUGAGCUGAAGGAUGGAUUUAGGAGGAGCAUCCGGGCUGCUCAAAGUUCUCUGGACCUGAGUGAUGUUUGCCUCAGUCAACAUAAAGAGAAACUGAGAACAGCUUUCCGGCCGGUGAUGAAGAGGUUAUUGAAAACCACCAUGUUACUUGAACUUCUCAAGAAGGCCAGAGUUAAACAAGGGCAUGAGCCUGGCUCGGAUACCAUGGACAGCUCCAAAGUCACCAACCUGCUCUGA